AUGAAGCCAACCGUCCAAGCCAUCGACAUCGUCGCCACGCACCGCCGCGCACCGCGCAUGCGGCGUCGUAAAAACCGCCCUCACCCGUGGGCGCGCUAUCUCUCCCUCUUCUCCCUCGUUUUCACCGUCUCGUUCGCGACGACGGGCGAGGGAGCGACGUGUACGACCCCGCGGUUGAAGAGCAGAAUCGGUAGCGUGCGCGAGUGUUCGCCCACCGUGCGCGCCGAACGACGGCUGUGCGGCGUCGUCGCGGGCGCGGUGGACGCGUCAACGUCGCUCAUGUACGUCGCGAGCCCGUUGAGCGAUUCUCUCGCGGUGAUCGACGUGGGAACGCCGACGGCGCCGCGGGUGACGAGCGGGACGCGAGACGCGCGGACGACGCGGAGACCGCUGGACGUGCGAUUACACGAUAGUGGGACCUACAUCGCGGUCCUGAGCGGUGGAAAUACGGCGAGGGAUAAAAAUUCGACGCUGACGAUCGCGAGCGUGGAGGGAGUGAACGCCGCGAACGGGGCGGCGCCGACGUACGCGGCGACGAAGAGCGACUGCGUGGCGACCGUUCGGGACGGGCGUACGCAUUACGUCGGCAGCCUGUGUGGGUGCACGGCGUUUGAUAUGGUGGGUGAUGUGGCGUACGUGGUGUGCGGGGACGCGAGUCGGUUGACGAUAGUGUCGCUGCCGACGACGGCGGCGAACGCGGCGACGACGGCGAUGACGGUGCUCGGUUCGAUUCAGAGCGAGUUGUUAGCGGAAGGGAACGCGGUGACGGUGCGGAAUAAUAGGGCGUACGUGCGAUCCGAUGGAGUUUGUGCGUCGUGCGUCGCCGUUGUGGACGUCACCAACGUGGCAUCUCCAACCAUGGUUGGCGAGAGCGAUGUUUCAGUCGUGACGGAUGUCGACAGGUGGUACUGGACGACAGCAUUCUUAGCUCGUGGCGCGCACAGGGAUAACGCGACGUUCGAGUACGAUUGGAUAAUGGAUCCUGUGUCGUCGAGUGUGACCACGGUGUCGCGUGCGUGCGUGAACUUUGCGAAGACGAUCGGGGACUCGCCUUCCGCGUGUGCGGGGAGUACUUACCACUUUGCCUACGAAGCCGAAGCCGAGGCAAACGCGUACUGGUAUUGCGCGAGUUGA